UAGACCCAUGAGUUACGAUGUAUGUAUCGGAUGAGCAUCGUUACUACCGAAAGGCGCGAAGAAAGUUUUCUUUGAAGGCAUAUGGCUUAUUGGUUCUGUGGCUCAUUUUAGCUCUGGCCCAAUGGCUGGUAAUAGCUUUUAUAGAGGAUGCAAGGGAAAUAUUCACGUCGUUAUACUACAUCUGCCUUGCGACCUUUGCUUUGGCAAUCUUGAUCUUCGCGCUUUUUAUUUUUAUUGAGAAGCUGCGUUUCAUCAACGGUCUCAACUUUUUCAUGUCACUGAUUAUAGUCGAGCUUCAGAUCAUAUCCACAUUUGCUCUAGUCGCCAUUAGUUGGUGGGCGGAUGUCCUGACAUUUUUUGGAGUCGCAUUAAUUUUAAUGGCAAUCUUUCUUCUAAUAGGAGUAUUUCUACCAGCACGAGCGGACCUCACCCUAGAUAUUGCGGUUUUAUUUAUAUUAGCAUUUCUUUUCCUGAUUGUGGCCAGUUUUAUACUAUUAUUUGAACUACUUGUGAGCAAAACCAUUCCCUAUGCCUAUCUAGUGGUGGAAAUAUCUAUAACCUUUACGAUUCUACUGUUCGUAAUGUACCAUGGCCAAACAAUCAAUGGAAACCGAUUUGCUGAGAUGCGACUGAACGACUAUUUCUUGGGAUCUCUGAUUCUGUUUCACGACUUCCUCAUCAUUUUCUGGCUAACAUUCUAUUGGCAGAUUCAUUAUAGACCCAUCACGCCUGAUAGCUGGUUAGAGACCUCUACACCGUAUUACAAUGGCUCAAUAAGAACCACCAAUGCUUAUAAAAGUCUUGAUGGCGAUGGAACAACACUGCCACCGUGGUUCAACAGAGGAUUUGAUGACGGUUAUGAUAGUGAUUCAAAUGCAAAAGACUAUCCUGAGAUUCCAAGCGGCAGAGGAAAUCCAGGGAACCGGAACCCUUAUGACACAGAUCACAUUCACGGACACAGGCCAAAUAAUAGGUAUUCCACAAAAGAUUGGUCAGUUUACCAUCAAAGGCCAAAAAAUGGAUUUAGGAGUCGUGGAAGGUCCCGAACUAAAGGUCCAGAACCGAAAACCGUACACCACAGACAUCGUAAGCCGGACGAAUGGGAUCCUGAAUAUAUUACGCAAGGUAUCGACAUGGUAGUGCCCUUUGAUGACCGUUAUGGAGGUAAUUCAAAAGAUGUCCUAGAAGAUGGUGAAGUGCAUUCGACUCCCACCGAGGAUAUGGAGGAUGAUUACACGGAUGUGCCCAUUAAUGUUCAUUUUGGACAGCCGAUUGAUAAGUUUUAUCAAAAUCCCAAUACUGGACCAAAAGUAGAUGUUGGUGAUGCCGUAGGAAAAUCGGCAGCUGGUUUUGGUGAUCCAAAUGUCGAUUUUCCUCCAGCAGACUACCAGCCAAAGUCAACCGACUCUUCACAUAUAUAUAUUAUUCCUAAGGCAAGACCCACCAGGAGGGAUUCUUAUUCAAUGGAUAAUGAACGACAAAAUUAUAUUGAAAAUGAUAAGCUUGAAAGUGUUACUCCUGCUGAUGAGAACAGUGAUCUCCGGCAAAAUAAUUUUCUCCAGAGCUCAGAAAGUGGAUUCAGAAAUAGGGAUAACAGCUUGCAAAAGGAUGAAAUGACAGGACUAACCAGACAACAAAUUUUAUUGGAACGAAAAGACCCACCUCCAUGGGAAGAGCUAUCCGAUGAUGAAAUCCGAAAAUUAGUAGACCAGAGGAUCCAUGAAGAUAAGUAUCGACCAAAUGCAGACCGUUGGGCUGAGCCAUUAAUUACCAGAGAGCCUUAUCCAAUAAACCUUCCAGACUAUGAGAAGCUUGUAAUGAAUGUCAGUUCGAGCAUAUUGCAAUAGGCUCUUAAAGCCGUAAACAAUAUAUGAAUUAUUUUCCCCUAUAAA